AUGGAGCAGGACAAAUGGUCGUCUGAAGGAGCCGUUGUUGACAUUGACGAUGCUAAAAGGGUCGAGGUGGACGAGAGAGAAGAAACGGCAGGCCAGAAACUCGACAAACGGGGUCUUCCUCUGAUACCACAGCCAACAGAUCGAAAAGAUGAUCCUCUUAAUUGGUCACCGAUGCUCAAAUUAUUCGUCCUGUUACAAGUCAGUUUCCUCGCAUUCCUCGGACCUAUGGCUGGUGCAAUUGUCAAUCCGGCUUUCGUGCCGUUGAGCAAGCAAUUCAACAUCACCAUCGUCGAAGCCUCGUACGAACUUACCGUUUACAUUGUCGCCGCGGGAGUAGGGCCCAUAUUCACCGUGCCACUAGCCAAUGUCUAUGGCCGAAGACCUGUUUACAUUCUUGGCAACCUCCUGGCCGCCGUCACCAAUAUUGCUGCGGGCUACUGCAACACCUGGGCUGGGAUCAUGGUGACUCGCGUGUUCAAUGGCAUUGGUGCCGGUUCUCCAGGUGCCAUAGGAGCAGCAACAGUUUGCGACAUGUACUUCCUGCAUGAACGUGGCUUUUACAUGGGUAUCUUCACGUUUCUUCUCACCAAUGGGCCUCAUGCUGCGUCCUUAUUCGGUGGCUUCAUUGCCAGAGGCUAUAUCCAGCUCGGCACUUUCGUCUUUACACUGUUUUUCCUACCAGAAACAAUCUAUUCUCGCCGGUCGACCUCGAUUAACCGACCUGAACGUUCUUUUGUGGAUCUGUUGCUCUUCAGACAUUCCGGCUUGCAGGACCGCAAACUCCGGUUCGGAGAUUUCCUGAGGCCGUUUUACAUGUUGAAGUAUCUCUCGAUCGUGAUUCCCGGUUUUUACUACAUGACCGCAUUUGGAUUUGGCUCGGUGUUGUUCGCAGCGACCGGAUCAAGCCUGUUUCGGACAGUAUAUCACUUCGACGUUGCGCAGACUGGCAUGCUGCUCAGCAUUCCGCUCCUCAUCGGCUGUUUGCUGGGCGAAAUGAGUGCUGGGUGGCUCACUGACUACAUGGUUUAUCGCUACGCCAAACAUCACGGAGGGCGACGGGAGCCAGAGCCCCGUAUCAAUGCGGUGGUAUUGGCAGUCUUGUGCCCGAUCGGAAUCAUCAUCGAUGGCAUCUGUCUGACGCACUACAAAACCGUCCCUUGGGUGGGUGCAGCAUUCGGCAUGGGCAUUGCGAACUUUGGCCUCCAAAUCGCGACUACAGUCACCUACAGCUACUGCACAGAUUGUUACAAGCCGCAGAGUUCCGAGAUAUCCAGCCUCCUCAACGUGUUUCGCAAUGUCUUCUCCAUGACCAUCUCCUUUUAUGCGAUCCCAUUAGGCGAGCAGAUCGAGUAUCAGUACGCAUGGCUGACCUUUGCCAUGAUCCACAUCGUUUUCCUGGUCCCAAUGGUCAUGCUCCGGUUCAAGGGCAUCCAGUGGAGGAACAGCGCGUGGCAAAAGCCACCAACCUUCCAUAACGACAUCUAG